GUGACAGCUGUCCAAUAGAGACCCUCAGUGCUAGCACGGCUGGCAGCUUAAGCGCCGCCGCGGUCUGAGGAAUGUCAACUAUUCAACAUGGAGGCGGAGGUCGAUAAGCUGGAACUGAUGUUCCAGAAAGCUGAUUCUGAUUUGGAUUACAUUCAAUAUAGGCUGGAAUAUGAAAUCAAGACUAAUCACCCAGAUUCAGCAGGAGAGAAAAAUGCAGUUGCAAUUUUAAAGGAAUUAUCAGCAAUAAAGUCUCGAUAUCAAGCUUUGUGUGCACGCUUUAAGCCACUUUCUGUUGAGCAAAAAGAGAAUAAGAGCCGCAUUGGUGCUACUCUGAGCAAGACAAUGACCAUGAUACAGGAACUACAAAAGCACACAGACCUGGAGCUAACUCCACUGACUGAGGAAGAGAAAGCUGUGACAGAGCAGUUAAAAUCUCACAUGCCAGACUUAUAAAGACAUGGAAUUUUAAAACGGACUCUAAUGGAGAAAAGGGCAAUUCCAAAGAGAUUCAGCAAGAUGUCUUGUUCAUGCUUGAUGUCAUUAAUCCAUCAAGGGGUGGGAGGCUGAUGAGGAAGAUUGAGAUUUUCCUUGAGUGUCAGGAUCGUGAUGCUUUUCAUAGGAGAGGAAAUUGUUCGAAGGGUAGAUAUCAUAUGACUAAAAGCCAAAAAGGAUGGAAUGGGAAGAAGAUUGAAAUACUGAUGCCCAUAGUUGUGGGUUCAGGUAAUGAAAUCCCUUAAUACUAUUUUAAUCUGUUUUCUUUUUUAUAGUUGGGAUAAGUUUAGAUGCUUUGGGAUUUUGUAAAAGAAUAUUUAUGUACAUUUCCAUCAGUGUGUGAAUGGAGAAAAUACUUGUAUAUUAUAAUUAUUCAGGUGUUUGUUUCCUUUUUUGAGACAAGCUCUCACUAUGUAGCUUUGGCUAGCCUUGGGGUUCACUCUGUAGACCAGACUGGCAUGAAUCCUAGAGAUGCCUGCUCCUGCCUCCUGAGUACUGGGAGUAAAGGUGUACACUGCCACACUGGGUGCUGUUUCUUUCUCCCUCUCUCUUUUUUUGAGACAAGGUUUUAUGUAUCCCAGGCUGGCUUCAGAAUUGGUGUUGCCCAGGAUAAUCUUUUACUUUGCUACUUCCAGAGUGCUAACUAGCGCCUGAGCAUGCUAGGCUAGCAUUGUGCCAACCGAGCUACAUCUCCAACCCUGUAAUUUCUGUUUUGAAAAUGUACAUUAUAGACGAUAGCACAUUUUUAGUUGUGUGUCUAUGAUGUCCAGUAUUUCCCUAAUAUAAUUCAUAGACUGUUUUGUGAAAACUCUUCUUGUUUUUUUCCCCUUCCCAUUGUUUGCUAAUAAUAAAUGAACUUGUUCUCAAA